AUCCUGCUGUCUAAGUUUUAACACACCUAAAUUCUCGAAUAUAAACUAUAAGCAGCACUAGCAUCAGCACUUGUAGACAAGUAAUCAUGUCUAAGGCCACCAAAUCCAAGUAUGUCGUGCGAGAAGUGCUGGACGAAUACCCUGUCCCAGAUGACAAGCAUGUCAUCAUGCGUGUCACACAAGGCUUAGGCAACAAUCUAAUAGAGGUGGAGUCCCCAGAUGGCAUACGUGUACUUACCACGCUCCCUGCCAAAUUUCAGCACACUAUCUGGAUCAAGAAAGGAGACCACGUAAUGAUUGAAUACGUCGAAGCUGUAACCAAAGUACAAGCAGACAUUACACAUAUCCUUUAUCCCAAUCAAAUCAAGUUCUUGAAGAAGAAAGGUCUAUGGCCCGCAGAAUUCCCGUCCAAGUCAGAGGCACAGGCAGAGGCCGAUGCCGAGUCACAGCCACCGCCUCGAACGAAAGAAGUGGUAGCGCCCAACAGUGACAGUGAAGCCGAAGACAUGAGCGAUGUAUUUGUCAACCGCAACAGGCGCGUGCAGGUCGAGUCAGAUGUCAGUGAAAGUGAGGACGAGAGUGAGUGAAGGGCUCUGCGGUGAGGAUUGUGUGGUGUUGCAUCCAGGGUUAUGUUCGUCACCAGUAGUUGGGUAAUCAGAGAUCGGCAUGUUGUUAUUUGAUAUGCGAUAUACGCACCGCCUGUACGUAAAAUGUGAAACACAUCGCUGUCGCUGCAUGGAUGUGACCGCGGCAGAGUUGUGAGGGCUGGUGCACUGAUAUGCCAGUGGGCUUGCAGUAUACUUUGGCCCGAAAUGAGUCCAUGUGAGUUAUAACCUCGCAAGCGCUCGUGGGUGUAAAUAUCUGUUUCGAAAGACAUCUGCAGACAUCGCAUUCGGUUUCAAAGUGUGCCGUGGGGGCGAACCUAACAUGUGUAUUCAGUCUGUAAGAAAGCGGGGUACUUGCACCGAAGUGGGAUCGAGUCGUAACGAAUGGUUGUGUACAGCAUGGGGAACGUGAGGUGGAGAAGACAAGAUUUUCGCGCACGUGUGGGUUGAUAUCAGUACACUCUAUUAACUGUCUUGUAGCUAUCUCAAGGGUUGCAACCACUGAUGGAAGUCAACGAGUACGUCCUACCCUGGAACACCAAUGCAGCACAGGCUCAUCGAUGUGUGUCAGACUUGAAUUACCACAGAUCACAGUGUUGGUAACGGGCGUGAUAGGAUGCGAGAGCCCUACUUGGGCUAUACAUGCGAGAAUGGAGGUCACGAAUAGCGCGGAGAGCGUUGCACUGCUGUGCCGAUAUGUUGACGAGCGUAGGUAGGUGGUUUUGUAGGCAACACUGAGUGGCCGCGGCGACUGUUUGCUACAAGAAAGACUCUAUGCGGUAUUCCUCGAUGUAACUUUGUAAACUGGAGCCACCUAUUUGACCAGUUUAGAAACCGAAUCUCACAAACGUGCAGCAUGCGUUUGCAGAAUAAUAGGAUUGCUUCCCUUUUGUUUUAUAUGCGGAAGGAACAGGCGAGAAGUGAAGGCCGUGUGUGACUGGGUUGCGAUUCGUCACAGAAUUAGUUGAAGUGGUUACUAGAAAGAAACGCGAGAGGCCGGGAGGAGGAUUUAGAUCUGCUGCACUUCCAGUGUCCGCCGACUUCACAUUCAAUGAUAGAGCGGAUAGUAAUCAGCAUGGUGUGCUCUCAUUUAAAUAAUAAAUUUCAAACAAUAAAAUUGCAC